AUGGCAGCAAGAGAUUUUAUUGAUGAAUUGAAUCCAUUUAUGCCACAAACGCAAAGAAUGACUUCGAUUUCUUCAGAAGUUCAGGUGUGCAAUUCAGAUAAUGAAAUUACAGCAAUAAAUGCGAGGUAUGGAGGUAGAGCAAACGAUCAACGUGUGUACAGAAAUUCAGCAAUAAGAAACUUUAUGGAACGAAGAUAUGAUGAUGGAAUUAGAAAUUUCUGGAUUUUAGGUGAUUCAGGUUAUACCUUAACUCCAACAUUGAUUACACCGUUUCAUAACCCUGAAAGAGGAUCUCCAUCCGAACGAUUUAAUAUUGCAUUUGUAACGUGUAGAUCAAUUGUAGAACGUACAAUUGGCAUCUUGAAAGCCAGAUGGAGAUGUUUGAGAAAGGAAAGAGCGUUACAUUAUGACCCAGUAACCGCUGGCAGAAUUGUAAAUAUGUGUUGUGUUUUACACAACAUAUGUAGAAGGUAUGGCGUACCGGAUCCAGCCAUGUAUCGAGACCCAGAUGUCGAAGAUGACGAAGUAAUUGAAGAAAUUGAAAGAGAAGAUGGUGAAAUUGUUCGCCAACAAAUCGUUAACGAAUAUUUUUUAUAA